AUGCUUUCCCGUCGAGUCGACCGCGAAUCAUACUACAACUACGACCCCUCGGUGGGCGCUGCCAUUGUCUUUGCGGUUUUAUAUGGAGCUGCCUUCGUCGGGACCGUUGUACAAUGGAUUCGCUUUAGGCCUGUGGUCUGGCUCGUCAUGGUGAUUUCUGCAGCUAUGGAAGCAGUCGGCUACAUCGCUCGCUGCAUAUCGACCCGCGACGUAUCCGCCCGCACAGUCUACGUCCUCCAGUUCGCGCUCCUAAUCCUCGCCCCGGUCCUCAUGGCCGGUGCCCUCUACGUCCUCUUCGGCCGCAUCAUCUUCCUCGUCGUGCCGAAAGAGCAACGCACCUUCAAGAUCUGCUGGGUACCUCCACGCUGGGUUACUCCCAUCUUCGUCGGCUUCGACAUCUUCGCGCUCUUCCUGCAACUUGUCGGUGCAGUCAUGAUCACAUCGGGCAAUGGAAGCAGCCAAGAUGACAUCGACACCUUUAACCGCGGCCGCAAUCUGGCGCUUGCGGGUGUCAUUGUCCAGAUCGUCGCGUUUGGGAUCUUCACGAUUGCCGCCGUGCGGUUCAAUUUUACCUCGAAGAGAUUUGCGUCCGGGGCGCCGGAGCCGCUCUAUGGGGCUGAUGAGUUUGCCAUGGCCGUGCAGGAUAAGCCGAGAAAGGCGAACUGGCCUGUAUUGCUGCGUGUCGUGAACAUUUCGACUGCUAUGAUUCUUAUCCGAUCCAUCUUCCGCAUGGUCGAAUUCACAGAAGGCCACGGCGGCUACAUCAACAACCAUGAGUGGCCCUUCUACGUCUUCGACACCGUCCCGAUCUUCCCUGUUGUUGCGCUCUUCGUCUGGUGGCAUCCGAGCGAAUACCUUCCGUACCUGGGCUUCCGGCUGCCGAAGCAUGCGCGGUAG